AUGUUCAUACCAGUAUUGCUUUGGUCUGAGCUGCAGGGGGAAACAAAGAUCCUCAAGCUGAAGAACUUGCGGCCUCAGGACUACGCAAACUACAGCUGCGUCGCCUCCGUGAGAAAUGUGUGUGGGAUCCCCGACCGCAGUGUCAUCUUCAGACUCACCAAUAAGACAGCCUCCCCUUCCAUCAAGCUGCUGGUGGAGGAUCCCAUCGUGGUCAAUCCUGGCCAGACCGUAUCGCUGGUGUGCAUCACCACAGGUGGGGAGCCUACCCCAAUACUCAACUGGCUCAGCAGUAAUGACGUCCUGCCGCUGAGAAGCGUGGUGAAGGGGGGUACGCUCACGCUGCCCGCCAUCUCCUCAGAUGAGGCGGGGGUGUACAGCUGCGUGGCCAGCAACAAUGUGGGAAACCCGGCGAAGAAGUCCACCACCAUUGUUGUGCGAGCUUUGAAAAAGGGACGAUUCUGGAUCACUCCUGACCCCUACCACAACGACGACAACAUCCAGAUUGGACGUGAAGUCAAGAUAUCUUGUCAGGUGGAGGCGACCCCACCAGAGGAGCUGACGUUUAGCUGGCUGAAGAACGGCCGUGGGCUGCGGAGCUCGGAGCGUAUGGUCAUCACCCAGACGGACCCCGACAUCUCCCCAGGGACCACCAACCUGGACAUCAUAGACCUCAAGUUCACCGACUUCGGCACGUACACCUGCGUGGCCGCCCUGAAGGGAGGAGGCAUCCCCGAGAUCAGCAUCGACGUCAACAUCUCAUCCACAACUGUUCCCCCCAACCUGACAGUCCCUCGGGGCAAGUCCCCCCUGGUGGCCCGCGAGGGUGACACAGUGGAGCUGGAGUGCCUUGUUUCAGGAAAGCCAAAGCCCAUCAUCCUGUGGUCGCGAGCAGAUAAGGAGGCGCCGAUGCCGGACGGCAACAUGCAGAUGGAGAGCUACGAUGGCGUGCUGCGUAUUGUUAAUGUCUCCAGGGAGAUGACGGGCUCGUACCGCUGCCAGACCAGCCAGUACAAUGGCUUCAACGUGAAACCCAGAGAGGCCGAGGUGGAGCUGAUUGUACAAUACCCGCCGACAGUGGAACCGGUUUACACCGAGAUGCGUCAGGGCCUCGGGAGACCUGUGGUGAUGACCUGCAGGGUGCUGCGAGCCCACCCCUCCCGUGUGCUGAGAUUCGAGUGGCUUCUAUCAAACCGGCUGCUCCACGCCGGAGCCUUCGACGCCCAAAAGGAUGAAACGGAGUACACGAUCCGCAGCCUCAACCGCGAUGGCUGGGGGGAGUACACCUGUAAUGUCAUCAACGAGGCCGGUGCAGGAAAAUGCACCUUCCAGGUCACAGGAAAGGCCUUCGCCCCUGAGUUCUACUAUGACACCUACAGCCCUCUGUGGCAGAACAGGCCCCGAAUCUACGGCUUCAAGCUCCAGUGGACCCAGAUGAACCCCAACGCUGUGGACCGCAUUGUUGCCUACAGACUUGGCAUCAAACAGAUGGGGUUGCAGCGCUGGUGGGAACAUGAGAUCCCUGUGGAUGGAGCAAUCAACAAAGGGGAGCUCAUGACGCACAACCUGACUGAGCUGAUAAAGCCUGAGUCCUUUGAAGUGCGCCUCUGCCCCAUCACACGGUUCGGAGAGGGCGAUUCCACCAUCCGUAUCAUCACCUACAGCGCUCCCGUCAACCCUCAUCUGAGAGAGUUCCACUGCAGCUUUGAGGAGGAGCCCAUCUGCAUGUUCACCCAGGACAAGAACGACGAUUUCGAUUGGACACGGCACAGCGCUGCCACCCGUGACACCAAGUACACACCCAAUACCGGGCCUAGUGGUGAUCGCAGUGAUUCCAAGCAGGGUUUCUACAUGUACAUUGAGACUUCGAGGCCGAGGAAAGAAGGGGAGCAGGCGCGGCUCAUAAGCCCGUUCUUCAACGUAGCACCUAAAAACCCCUACGGUAUCACCAACCCACCUGCCUACUGCUUCAGCUUCUUCUACCACAUGUAUGGAAAACACAUAGGAACCCUGAACGCCUUCCUAAAGCAGAAGGGCCAAACGACCUCCGAGGGUCCCGUGUGGUUGCUCACAGGUAACCAAGGGGACCGUUGGAACCAGGCCAAAGUGAGCAUCCACCCGACAGCGUCAUUCCAGGUGGUCCUGGAAGGUGUCCGGGGACCGGGUAUCGAGGGAGACAUCGCCAUCGAUGACGUCACACUGGAGGAAGGGGAGUGUCGAGACCCUCCGCCCAAUCUCAGCGCUGAGGCUCCGUCAACAUCCUCCCAUAUAUGGCUGCUAUGCAUCACCCUGGUGAUGACCCUCCUCGAAGGUCAGAGGUGACCCUCCUCUCCGUCACCUCAGAGGCAAACAUUCAGACCCACCGUCUGUGAGCUGUCCUCGGCAUCCAAUCACCAAAGAUUCAUGCAUCCUGAAAGCAGCAGGGAUCCUCUGGUGGACCGCGGAGGGACCCAAACCAAUAAAAAAGAGAAAAAAUUGUGAUGAAAAAGUUACACAAAAAUGAAUAAAGGAGUUGCGCUAAUUUUUUUAAAGAGACCUCUUUUACAGAAAACACUCCUCGGUGCAGGACUCUACGAGCACAAAGACAGGCGGCCCGCGAGUGAAGCCUGGACUUUGGUGAAAGACUUCUCAAGCGUCGAGGGAGGACAGUUUGUAAAGCACAAGAACUAUUUUAUGAAGUCAUGAAAAUAUCUUUGGAGGGAGGCAGAUUAUAGACUCUGCUGACUUUUUCAAAUGGAAAUAACAUUUCCCUGCUUACGAACACACGGAGUCAGACCUUUCUCUGUGUAUCUUUAUCUUCAUUUUCUUGCACCAGAUGCCAAUCCCCCCCGACACUUGUUUUUCACUCGAGCCCAGCCUCACAUCACAUCCUGGUAUUUCUUUAUCUGCUUGGUGCUGUACUGUAGAUAAACAAGGACUCCGGCAACUUUUUAGUUCUGUAUGCUUACUCCCCCUGUAGCUGCCUAUGUAUCUUUUAACACUGUGCUCACGAGUCCAAGUGGCCAACCGACGGAAUGGUGGCAGAACAAUAAACCGAAGGAAGAAUCAGCGAAGGUGUAGACAGCUGGACUGGAGGGCAGAAGAAGGUCCGAGCUUAUGAGUUGAAAUAAGAGGAAGGGGCGGAAAGAGGGGCAGAGGGAGGAAGAGGAGGAACAGGCAGAGAAAGGUCAGAUUAGUCAGGCCUGACUCCGAUAUUCAGUCAGCGGUCCACCUGUGGAGCCGAAGCCACUUUACUUUCUGCCAUGAAACAAAGUGCCUUCAGAUUACAAACCGAAUCGUGAGCCUGGGCGUUAAUCAAAACCGAACACAUCUCUGUUCAUGUUUCCUCUGAUGGGCUAUUUUCUACAUGUUUCUUUUGCCCCACAAGUGCUGAUGGGAGGACACACGCGUUGAGAGGGAGUACAGGGGGGGGUUCGCGCAACACCUGGAUCUUACUACUGACGAUGGAACAGUUGCCAGUGUGUGUGUGUGUGUCUGUGUGUGUGUGUUUGUAUGCGAGUGUGUGUCUGUGCGCCUAAGCCCAUGCCUACGCGUAGUUCAAUGUGGGGGCAGCCGGCCGGGCGGUGCUGGCAGACCCCAAGCACAGGUUUGGAAACAGUUUGGAUCAAAAGCAGCGGCAACGGUUGACAGUGAGGCCCUGGAUCUUUUUUCCAUAAGGAUGGUUUAAGAUCAGGCAGGAGGAUAAAGACACUUUGUUGAAUUAAUACCCAGCUCUCUUCCCAUAAUUUCCCUCUCUUUGUUUUUGUUUUUGAACAACAGAAAAGAACAACCGCUGAAUAAAACAUUGUGUUGUACAGGGAGGAGUGUAGGAACCUUUGGACGGCAGGCUCUUCAUUUGGGUGAUUGGCCUCGACCCUGUGCUCCACCAUUUAUAUGGAACAAUAUGAGAAUAAAAGAUAAUAAUGACCAUAAUAAUAGUCAUGAUAUUUUAUUACUCCAGCGAGAAUGUUUCUCUGCUUUUACACAAACUGUGAAGACUGACUGUGGAAGAUCUACCUGAGACCAUAACCUUAACCAGCGGGGUUUUUAAAAAAUGUAUUGUAAAAAAGAGAAAAUAAGAAAAUGAAAAAUUCCGUUCAUUGUUGGUUAUGACAAAUGUUUUGAGGACUUGUGUCUUGUUUCUUAUUUUUUUUUGUUGAAGAUGAUUAACUUCCUUUCUCUUCUUGUUGUCUCCCUUUGCAUUGCUGAAGUAUCAAAGCCGAUGGAAGCAUAAGAACCAAUUUGGUAACUGUAUAACUUGUAAAUGUUAAAGAAGCUCUAUUCAAAGGUUUAUGAUAAAUGUUUUAUGUUGGAGUACAGGAAGCACAACAGUUCAAGGUCUCAACAUAUAAAAUCCAUUUCAUUUUUUCCGCACAUGCGUGACCUACUUUCACGGAUUCAGGCUUCACCACACUUCGGAAACAAAUCCACACUUAACGGCGAGUUGUUCCAUUUGUUCCUCGUUAAAUUCAUAUUUAUAGUGCAACCACAAUGCGAGAAGAGAAGAAGGGAAGCCAGUCAGUGGAGGAGAUCUUCAUGAAACGUG